CCUAGCGCCCUUAAUUGGGGGGCCUUGUUGGUCUUUUCAUAGCACCAAGUUGCGUUCUUUAUGCCCUGGGUGCAUGCUCACGAAAAGAGGGGCAAUGAGAGCUUGAGGACUUGGGUGGUAUCUGGGUGCUAUAGACCGCUUGUCAGAGGCUGUUCAGUUGUCAGAACAGUGAUGACUUAAACUGGAAAAUCAUCUCUUUUCUUCGGUACGUAGCAGUUCACUUCCUGCCUGUCUACUACUUUACUUUUUAGUCAAAGAUCACCGUAGAGAUAUCAUCUCAAGCGAGCGUUGAACUCGUCAGGUGCUCCCGCAAUCAUCUUCAUCAUCGCUGGCUUGAGUGCAAGGGUUCUUCAAGUAAGACGCUAACUACACGUACAGUCAUCCUCCCUCUCUCACACUGUGAAACAUGGACUGUGGAGUUGACAUCGUGCGACAGCAGCAGCAGGCCGUGGGGGCGAAGGCCGCGCACAAACCGCCAAAGAUAUCGACUGGACGCGCUGGUGCUGCACCGUCGUCCGGGAUGUUGCCCCGACGUGGACUGAGUUUCUCCAUCGAUAGAAUCAUGGGCACCGACAAGUUGGACUCGCCCCCUACCCCGAUGACUUCAUCACCCCCACCCAGUGCCAUGGCGAGAGUGUCACCCCAGUCGACCCCGUCCGUCGGGGUUAUCGAAUCCGCAAAGAGAGCGACUACAGUCCGGCCAACUAUGGCCGUUUUGCCCCGAGAUCAGGCCCAGGUAUCAAGAUCGCGUAUGUUCGGCAUGGUUGACAUGUCAGAGAUGGACAUACAAGCGGCUAAAUAUCAACAUUAUCUUAACAUGGCUUGCUUGCCCCUGUAUAUGAACAGUAGAACCGGUUCACUGACACGGCCGCACCCUUUCUACUCGGCCACUACCACGGGACAUUAUCUUACUAAGUGGCUGGCAUCAAAUGUCAACGGACCCAAGAUGGAUUGUUUCCCGUUCAAAUCCCUCCCCGAUUCGAGACUAAGUUUGACGGCCCAUCCGACCCUUCCCUUUGCUGGGCUGUUCUCGCCAUCAGCCUUCAAGACGACGGCGGACUUCGAGGGUCCAAUCUCAACUUUAACCGACCAACUGUGGACCGAGCCCGUCUCGCGGACUCGGGCUGAUAGUUACGCCCCAAAGUUCAGCCCCGGCAGCACUCCCUCCCCUCACCAAGCGGAAAUUAAAACCGAGAAAACAUCACCGUCAAGUGCACAGCAGAGGGCCAAACGUACCCAAAACGGACAGCAGAAAACUUUUACUUGUCUGGACUGCGGGAAAGUGUUCAACGCUCACUACAACUUGACGAGACACAUGCCCGUGCACACCGGGGCCCGGCCGUUCGUCUGCAAGAUUUGCGGCAAGGGGUUCAGGCAGGCUAGCACCCUGUGCCGACAUAAGAUCAUCCACACCAACGAAAAGCCACACAAGUGCCGGGAGUGUGGCAAAGCGUUCAACCGUAGUUCGACGCUAAACACCCACAUGAGGAUCCACGCUAACUUCAAGCCGUUCGUGUGUGAGUUCUGCGGGAAAGGGUUCCACCAGAAGGGCAACUACAAGAACCACCGUCUGACCCAUAGCGGAGAGAAAGCGUAUAAAUGUCACAUAUGCCACAAGGCUUUCCACCAGGUAUACAAUCUGACAUUCCACAUGCACACCCAUCAGGAAAAGAAACCGUUCACUUGCACCGUCUGUGGUAAAGGAUUCUGCAGAAACUUUGAUCUCAAAAAGCAUGUCCGGAAACUUCACGAGGCCAGCACUUCAGUGUCUCUCCCCUCGCCGUCCUCCGCGUCGUCACGCGGGUCACCGAGCCCCGUUCACUACGCUAAAGGUACGUCUGUGCUCCGUGCAGAUUUAAUUGGCGGAGAACGCUGUGUCAUUUGAAUUAGCAAAUGUCACAAACCAAUUGCACUGAACUGUUCGCAAACUCUGCCAAAAUUUAGCCGCACACUUGCUUUUUCGUUGAAAACAAGAUUACGUACGAACACGUACAAAAAAGUGUACAUUAUCACGACAUGUUAAUAAUAACUCUGAGAAUGUCUAUUGUAUAUUUAUGAAAUGAAUUUCUUCAAAAGUCACAAUUGUUGUAAUGAAUUGUAUGUCCAACAUAACUAUUCGUUAUUUUUGUAUUAAUUUUAACGGUCGUGAAUGCAUCGAGUUAGUGUUAAGCAUCAUCACUGUAUAGUUUAGACAGCCCCAUGCAUUCAUUCGGGCAUCUUAUUUCAUAGUCUUAUUACGCAAGUUGAAUUCACCCAUUCGGGUGCUGUGUUGACAACAUAUUUCACUCUAUUCGAAACGUUCGUUGUCUUAUCACUCUUCAGAAAUGAUAAAAAGGAUCUUGUUCGAGCUGUAAGGAACAAGUUUCGUUGAAAUUGAAUCCCGAUUUAUGUCAGACACUUCGAUUGCAGGGAUGUAACACUACCCGUGUAUGGCGCCCUUCAUUAGACAGAUGUGGCAAGCAUGCUAUGUAUGGACAUCGAUUGACUAUGUCGGUUUAUUCAUAUCAAAUGAUAUUUACUCUUGAUGUAACCGA